AUGGCCCGGUCCUUGUUGGGGGAGGAAUCACUUCUUACUGGAGUGGACUUGAAACCCGAUGCCCAGUUUGGAGAAGCCUGGGGUGCCCACUGGAUCCCCGGUUUGGGGAAGCCUGGGGCGCUAAUCAGAUCCCCCAGUUUGGGGAAGACUGGAGCACCAACCCGAUCCCCAGUUUGGGGAAGCCUGGGGCGCCAACCCGAUCCCCAGUUUGGGGAAUCCUGGGGCGCUAAUCAGAUCCCUCAGUCUGGGGGAAGCCUGGGAUGCCAACCCGAUCCCCAGUUUGGGGCAGCCUGGGGCGCUAAUCAGACCCCCCAGUUUGGGGAAGACUGGAGCACCAACCCGAUCCCCAGUUUGGGGAAUCCUGGGGCGCUAAUCAGAUCCCUCAGUCUGGGGGAAGCCUGGGAUGCCAACCCGAUCCCCAGUUUGGGGCAGCCUGGGGUGCUAAUCAGACCCCCCAGUUUGGGGAAGACUGGAGCACCAACCCGAUCCCCAGUUUGGGGAAGCCUGGGGCGCCAACCCGAUCCCCAGUUUGGGGAAUCCUGGGGCGCUAAUCAGAUCCCUCAGUCUGGGGGACGCCUGGGAUGCCAACCCGAUCCCCAGUUUGGGGCAGCCUGGGGCGCUAAUCAGACCCCCCAGUUUGGGGAAGACUGGAGCGCCAACCCGAUCCCCAGUUUGGGGAAGCCUGGGGUGCCAGUUAAGGACACGCUAGCUGCUAUAACAAGCCGGCCUCCACAUUUCAGUGGCUUCGCACGCCCGGAGUUUGUUUUCGGCUCAGUAGCACCAAGCAGGCGUAAGGCGGGUGGCUUUUCCAGCAGGCGGACUCAGGGACCAGGCUGUUCCUGUCUGUGGCUGCGCCACCCACCAGCCGCCCUCUGCUCCCAGCUGGCAGGUAGGGCAGAGGCAGGAGGGGCAGGUGUGGGAGGCUUUUACGAGCAGCUCGGCUUCCACCUGCACUCAGUCACAUGGCCGCACCUGACCGCAAGGGAUGCUGGGAGAGGUGGAAGGAGGAAGAGGAAAGGGGGUGGUGGACAGCCAGCCGAUCGCCCCCGCACACGGAGGCCCCGAGAUUGCCCGCGCGACACCGUUAGGCAUCCCCCGGCGGACGAACACGCCAACCUCACUGCAGCGCCCCCUGCGCCACGCUGCCUGGAAUUGCGCCUGGAACAGCGCAGCCUGGGAAGCCCACCCCUCCCCUCGCUCAGCAAACCUCGGCAGCAGCGCCUGAGAAGACGUGCGUCCCGCCUCCCAACCCCCCACCCACGCGGGCGGGGGGGGGGGGGCUUUCCGUGUCCCUGGAACCAACAGACCCGGGAAGAAACUGCAGAACGGGGGAGCGGUGUCAGAAAUGCACCCAGCGCCCCCGUGCCGCAGGGAGUCGCCUCAGAGCCGCGGCUCAAGGCCCACAGCGGAGGAGGCCACUCGAGAAAGAUCUCCACGAAGCUCGAGAAAGAGCUGCCCGCGGCUCCGCCCCUCACCGCUGCCGGCCCGGCCCGCCUCUCCGCAGGAACCGGGUUCUCUGCGCUGCAGCUUUCGUGCAGCGCUCCCUCCCCUGGGCUGGCCGCCCCGGCGCACAGGGACCGGGCCACCAAGGUAACGUAAGCGGCAGAAAUUGAUGCUCCUGGAGUUCUGUGAGCUGCUUCUGGAUGACCAGGUGAGUUGGGAAGUCAGCCAGCUUCUCACAUUAUUAUGAAGUCGCUGCUGUUAAUGUUAAACAUAAAUGGCCACCCGGAGCCACCCGUGGGUCCUGGAGCAGCCUCUCUGACUCACUGCCUGGGACCCUUGGGGCCAGAGUGCCCUCCCUCUCCCCAGGUGCCCUCUCUCCGCAGCUGGCUCCUGCAGGCUUUGAUGAAGGCUGUGGUGGCCGUGUCCUGGCCAUCGACCCAGCU